AUGGUCAAGAAAGCAAACAGUGCUCGCACGCACCUCAAAGCGGCAACACUAGGCUCACAUCGAGCGAAAGAGGAAAUUACACCGAUGCUCGUUCAGGAGCCAUUACAGGCCAGCGAACCGUCUCCCUAUCCGCCUGCCGCACCGUCGAGAGUAGACAAAGGAGCAGAAAGGAGGAAGAUCUUGCUACGAAAAGUGCAGGCUUCAACACAGCCGCACCCUUAUUCGAAGUCGCACGCUCGACGACUGAAGCGAAAAGAAAAGACCAACCUGGCCGGUGCGAGCCUGAGCGAGCUGCAAGACGCAUUGCAACAGACCACAGAGACUGUCCCUGCCCCUACGCCAGAUCAUGCAAGACAGCACAAGAUUAAGCAAAGUCGACAGCAUCAGACUGAGCCCCUAGCCGCAAAGUCUCCCGCUCAGUCUACUGCCAAGCUCACCACUGCAAAGCGAGCAAAGAUGAUUGAAGCAGAGUCGAAGCGACUGCCGGCAAUCCUCAAUCACAAAGCAUUUGCGGCCAACCCGUUUGCAGCGAUACGACAACACGCAAAGAAUACACUGUCAACUCUAUGA